AAAAUGUACCGUAUUUUUAUUGAAAUUUUUGGAAUUUUCUAUUGAUAUAGAAAUAUCUGAAGGUAAGUAGAAACCCUUCCAGGGUAGAAAAAAGAAUUGAAGAAAGGAAUUGUCUCCAACAAGCUUAAACCACCAGCAGUUAUUCUUACACUAUGCUUACUAUAUAUCUGCCAGGCAUUUCACUUAGGGCAGUGUAUCAAAUUAUAUAUAUUUUUCUUAUUUGUUAGUUUUGUACCAGCAUCUUAUAAUGUACUUUGCCAACUGCAGAUUUUUCUAAAUAAAUUAUUUCAUAGGAAUUAAGCUUUUUAAAUGGUUUAACAAUUAAAGACUAAUUAUUUCCUUUUCACAACUGACACCCUACUGUGGCCUUUUAAAAUCUAGUAACUUGUUGCCUAAGUUUUGCUUUGUUUCUCAGCUGUUCAGAAGUUAAUAUACUUCUAAGGUUCGGUUCUUUUGUUGGUGAGUCAGAUUUGAGUCUCAGUAUUAUUUCAAAAUAUCAGACCAUUUGAGGUAAAAAUGUAAAUAUUGUCCAUUUAGUUUAUAUCCUUUAAAUAUGUUUUGUCCAUUUUUUUUAUAAUGGCAAGGGGAAAACUAUUGUAUUCAUCCCAGGGAGGAUGUUUAUUUUUAAUAGAUAGGUUGUCUUUUCCUUUUAUGUGAGAUGAAUCAGGUCAGAAAAACUAAAAGGUCAUUUUAGCCAUUUACUAUCUUCAGGGGGUAGAUAAAAGAGGUCAUUUGAGUUAAGGCCCCAUGAGAUUUCUGUUCAUCUCUUUUUAAUUUGUUUUUUGAUACAGGAAGAUGAAGCCUUUCUAAAAUAAGGAAAGAACCCAGCUUAAAGAAUUGCCUUCCAUAUCAUAUAGCAGUUACAUUAAAGUUCUAUAUAAUGGUUCUGUGUUUAGUAUUUAGAUUUUGAGCAGCUCUUUGAGGUGGAUUCUCUUAUCCCUGUUUUUGGAGAUGAGGAAAACUGAGACACAGACCCUUCAAGUAGAGUACCCAAGGUGCCACAAAGUACACAGAUAAAGACAAUGGAGGAAUGCUUGUAUGGUCUCCAUAUCACAGUAUCCCAGAUGCCAAAUUGGAUGAGUAUAUUGCCAUUGCGAAGGAGAAACAUGGCUACAAUGUGGAACAGGCACUUGGCAUGUUGUUCUGGCAUAAACAUAACAUUGAGAAGUCCCUCGCUGAUCUCCCUAAUUUCACUCCCUUCCCGGAUGAGUGGACAGUGGAAGAUAAAGUCCUGUUUGAACAAGCGUUUAGUUUCCACGGGAAGAGCUUUCACAGGAUCCAGCAAAUGCUUCCAGAUAAGACCAUUGCAAGUCUUGUAAAGUAUUACUAUUCCUGGAAAAAAACUCGCUCCCGGACAAGUCUGAUGGAUCGCCAGGCUCGUAAACUAGCCAAUAGACACAACCAGGGAGACAGUGAUGAUGAUGUAGAGGAAGCACACCCAAUGGAUGGGAAUGACAGCGAUUAUGAUCCCAAGAAAGAAGCCAAAAAGGAGGGUAAUGCUGAACAGCCUGUGCAAAGCAGCAAGAUCGGACUGGGAAGGAGAGAGUAUCAAAGUUUACAACAUCGCCACCAUUCUCAGCGCUCCAAGUGCCGUCCACCCAAGGGCAUGUAUCUAACCCAGGAAGAUGUGGUGGCCGUGUCCUGUAGUCCCAAUGCAGCCAACACCAUCCUGAGGCAGCUGGACAUGGAGUUGAUUUCUCUGAAACGUCAGGUUCAGAAUGCUAAGCAAGUAAACAGUGCACUUAAACAGAAAAUGGAAGGUGGAAUUGAAGAAUUCAAACCUCCUGAGUCAAAUCAGAAAAUUAAUGCCCGUUGGACCACAGAGGAGCAACUUCUAGCAGUGCAAGGUGUCCGCAAAUAUGGUAAAGAUUUUCAAGCUAUUGCAGAUGUAAUUGGCAACAAGACUGUUGGCCAAGUGAAGAACUUCUUUGUAAACUACAGGCGUCGGUUUAACUUAGAGGAGGUAUUGCAGGAGUGGGAAGCAGAACAAGGAACCCAGGCUUCUAAUGGUGAUGCUUCUGCUUUAGGGGAGGAGACAAAAAGUGCUUCUAAUGUGCCAUCAGGGAAGAGCACUGAUGAAGAAGAGGAGGCACAGACGCCACAGGCUCCUCGGACUCUGGGUCCAUCACCUCCUGCCCCAUCAUCCACUCCAACACCAACAGCCCCCAUUGCCACUCUGAACCAGCCUCCACCUCUUCUUCGUCCAACACUGCCUGCCGCCCCCGCUCUUCACCGGCAGCCUCCUCCACUCCAGCAGCAGGCCCGGUUCAUCCAGCCGCGGCCAACUUUAAAUCAGCCUCCACCACCUCUCAUUCGCCCUGCUAAUUCUAUGCCGCCCCGUCUAAACCCAAGACCGGUGUUGUCCACAGUAGGUGGUCAGCAGCCACCAUCACUUAUUGGAAUUCAGACAGAUUCACAGUCCUCACUGCACUAAAGAUUAAUUGGACAAAGCUGCAGUCACUCUCCACCCCAUCAUUACACCAGUGCUCAUCUGGCUGAUGCAAGAGAGCUAACACUCUUCCUAGAUCCCGAGGCUGCGGACUAGUUCUAUGGCAGGUGCACUAGAUGAAAAGGUUACUCGGCCGAAAGCCUUCCGUUAGCCUCCCUGCUGGGGUGUGUGUGUGUCCACCAAUGUGAACACGCGUGAAAGGAGGAAAAAAGUAUUCUGUAGACCACGGGGUUUUAUUUUGUUUUUACUGUAUUUAUUGAGGUUUGUCACAUUCUUGCCUCUUCAUAGUCAAGGCUCUUAGGACAGGAACAUUGACUUAGGAGUUAUGAAAGUUUCUUAAGGAUAUUUGGCGCUUUUUUAAUUUAAUUUUUAAAAACAUUUUCCUAUGUUAGGAGAGCAAGAAUAAAUAGCCUGCAUUUCAGAUUUUGGCAUUUGUUUUAUGCAUAUUUAACUAUAGCUACAUAUCCCUUUUUCUUUUUUUUUUUUUUCCAAAAAAAUGCUUUUUUUCUUAAAGGAAUUUAAAUACAUUCCUUUAAAAGAAAGCAAUUUAAUCAAUUGCAAAGCAAUUGUAUGAAACCACAAAGAAUGUACUGAAUCCACUGACCCUUUAACGUGCAGUGUAGGGUCCGAGUGAAAAGUCCUUGUUUAAAGGUCAUUGGCCCUUCAUCUAUCAGUGAUAAGAGGAUUGGAAUAAUGCUUUUACACACCAAUGAGAACUCAAUGUGUUGAAAUAGAAUGUCUUUAAGUUCCUUGAAAGAGUUACUUUGGAAUUUUUUUAAAUGUUUUCUAAAUGAUAAUCUGCUUUUAACUAGUAGUUGCCUACAUUUGAGGACAUUAGAGUUAUUAUAUUUUGUCAGUUAUGUAGCAAUGAUGGUUAUGGAAACAUUUAUUUACAGUACUUUUUUAUGUUUUAGAUUCUGAACUUAAAAUUACCCUCAUGCUUAUUAAAAUGAUCUGCAUUUAAUAUGAAGGGUGUUUUCUUGAUAAAUCUAUUUUACUGUUUGGAUACAUUUCUGUAUUCCUUGUAGCCAGCCUGUACUUUUGGGUUUGGUUUAGGGUUAACUCAUCAACAUUAUUCCAUAAAAUAAAUUUAAGAAUCUGUUAUCUGACAUGUAUCAGCAUAUUGACACACUUGUCCUGCUAAUGCAAAAUGCAAGGCCCCUUUUUAUUAAGAAACAGGUGUUUCAAGACUUCUUAAUUCAACACAUGACCAACCAUUAAAUACCAACAAAAAGUAUUUUGUAAGUGAUAUUUCAACAAUGUGUUACUAAUAUUUUUUAUAUUUUAUGAUUGAUGAUUAAUUUCGUAUUAGAAUCAUGAUUUAUGCAGAGAUCAGUUGGCUUGCCUUACUACUGGAUAGAAGGCUGAAUGUUUGCACAUUCACAUUCUCGUCAGAACUGCUUUGUGAACGAGUCAUCAUCUAAAACCCUAAUUCAGUGUAUCUGAGAGAUCAUACAUUCCCAACUGUCGUGGAAACUGGUCACCAUUGGCUCAAUAGCUUUAAAGAGCUGUAGAUUCAGUUCACUGAUGAGCUGUAGUUUUCAAGAUCUUCCUUCCAAAUGGACCUCAAGUUCUGGCAUAAUCUAAAACAUGACCAGGGUGGGUCCUGGGCCUUUCCGUUCUCAUCUGAUCAUCCUAAAUGGUUCCCACCCUGGAUUAAAACCAGAUGAAAUAUAAGGAUUAAAAUUAAUAAUAUUCAAGAAUUUAUACUUAUUUUUCCUUUAAAGGCCACAAGAGACAUUGGCAUAUCUUAAAAUAUUUAAAGCAUUUUUUUGAAGCACUUAGAUUGUCUUGCAUUGUGCAAACUAUAUCUUUACAGCUUUUAAUGUCUUGUCUCUUGUCAGUAGACCUUCAGUACACAGUACGUGGAAUGUCAGGUUGGUCAGCACCAGCAUCUCGGACAGCUAAUCAGGACGUUGUGAUUCAUUUAAAAAUCUUUUCUAUCCCAGACAUGGGCCAAGGUGCUGCAUCUGAAGGGUGUGCUGUCACUUGGUUUACGUAUGUCAGAGCACACAGUAGAAAAACCUUAGCUUCAUUAGGAAUAUGACACAUGUAUAUAGUGAGAUGUCUUUAUUGUGUGCUUUACAUAUUUUGUAAAUAUUUUGCACGUCAUUAUUUUACUUUUUGUUUAAGCAGUGUUUGGCCUGAAAGAUUGAAAUGCUUGCUGCUUAUCAAAGGAUUAAAGAUUUAACGA